CGAGAAUGUUGUCAUGAGUAAGCAACGAUGUAAAGAAGCUUGUGUUUCCUAUAAAUUAUCUUUGUAGUAUUACCAUGGGCGCUACUUUGGCAGGUUUCGUUAAGCAAUUGGGAAGUUUUACAUGCAAAAAAGAGUUCUGCGUUGAAGGGUCACAACGCUAUACACUAGGACGAGUGUGGUACGACAAGGUGAGAUGUGAGAGAAAAACAUGCAUGAAGGGAGGAAGAAUACAAGUGGAAUCGUGUCCGAUCAUCAGAGAACAGUCUGGCUGUGAAGUGGUCCAAGGGACGCCCCAGACGGCCUUCCCAGAAUGUUGCGACACCCUCAGUUGCUGGAAGAUAAUCCAUUCUGAUCCCGUCGAUGAGCCUGUACUAUAAUCGAUACUCGUCAUACAGUGCAAGCAACGCCACCUCUAAUACAAGACCGCGGCGAGACAAGUGGCAACACUGCAGUCCCGGCGAACCGCAACAGCAGCUGAUAAUGGAGCGUCUGCGUUUGUUAUUACUGUCAUUACCAUGGC